ACUUCCUGGCAACAAGCUCAGUUCCUGUACUAGAGAGUGGAGAAGCGGGAUGGCAGAGAAUAGCUCCGAUAUCAGCGGCUCCGGCUGUCGGAGGUGUUCCGUCCAUUCUCCUGGAGAAAGAACUCAAACGUCCGGCUUCGGGGCAUCCAAGUGGGUCCGCUUGAACGUGGGGGGCACCUACUUCUUGACUACACGACAAACAUUGUGCCGAGAUCCGAAAUCCUUCUUGUACCGUCUGUGCCAGGCCGACCCCGACCUCGACUCCGAUAAGGAUGAAACUGGUGCCUAUUUAAUAGACAGAGACCCUACUUACUUUGGUCCAGUGCUGAACUACCUGAGGCAUGGGAAACUGGUCCUCAACAAAGACCUGGCAGAGGAAGGUGUGUUGGAAGAGGCUGAAUUCUACAAUAUCACAUCAUUGAUAAAGCUUAUCAAAGACAAGAUCCGGGAACGAGACUGCAAGACGUCACAGGUGCCUGUCAAGCACGUCUACAGAGUCCUGCAGUGCCAGGAAGAGGAGCUCACGCAGAUGGUGUCCACCAUGUCUGACGGCUGGAAAUUUGAGCAGCUUGUCAGUAUAGGUUACGGGCGGGACCACCAGUCAGAGUUUCUGCUGAUUGUGUCCAGGGAGGUGAAGGGAGAGGAGACCGGCUUCCCCAACCGCAGCGGCGAGCUGGUCAGCAUCGGCUCGUCCUACAAUUAUGGAAAUGAAGACCAGGCCGAGUUCUUGUGCGUCGUCUCCAAGGAGCUGCACAACCAAUCGUACGGCACGAGCAGCGAGCCAAGCGAGAAGGCCAAGAUCCUUCAGGAACGUGGAUCCCGAAUGUGAAGAGACAGUAUUAAACCAUGAGAAUUCUGUUGUGCUACGAGCUCCGGGUAAAGACACAAACAUAUCACAGAUGAAGAGGAGCGUUUUUGCAAGAAAGAAGAGAAGUUACUUUGGGGCCUACACCCCCACCCCCUUUUUUAUUGUGUAUAUCAAGUCCACUUAGUGACUUUUUGUGCCUGUACAGUAAACUGGACUGAUUUUGUUUUUGUUUUUUGUUUUUUUGUUUGUUUUUUAAAGCAAAUGGAAAGUGUUUUUUGUUUUUUUUUGUUUUUUUAAGCUUUUUUUCAAAUUCAGAUGCAGUAAAUAUGUCAUUUGUAGUAAGCUGAGCAAAGACGGUCUUACAGUCAUUCUUGGCCAAUGAUUUACUCAGGGUCUCCCAUUGUUGUUUCUUUAGGUGCAUUAACCUUCUUACUCUAAGGUCUUGUAAGGGAAUUUAACGGUAUGUGAAUUUAAAGGUAUGUAUUUGCAUUUGGGAUUUUGCUCAAAAAUCCAAAUACUUUCGGCAGAGGGAAAUCUCAGAGGUUUUAAUUUUAAUAUUUGACUGAGAUUUUAGACUAAGAAAAGAAAAAGGGACCCAUGUAGCUGUUUACAGCUUGAACGUUAAUGUGCAUCGAGUUAUAGGGAUGGUGCUUUAGGUUUGAAAAUAGCCAUAUAACUAAAAGAAACGUGUUUAAUUUAGAAAUGCAAAUUCUCAAGACCUCCUUGUCAUGCUCAUCUUUUUCAGUUUUCCUUUUGCUUUGGGCAGAGAAUUUGUUUUGUACGGUGAUGGGGUUUGGGAAAUGGGUGAGGGGGUGAUAUUUUAAGGCUUUUUCCUAUCUGGGAUGUUUAUGAUACAACUUAUGGUAGCAAAGAACAAAAAUUGAUUUAAUUAGAACUGCACAUUUUGUAUUCUGUGUGGUGUACUCAACUUAAGGUUUUAAGUUGUACUGGAGCUAUUGAAACAGGAGUGUCUUCGACACAAUUGAUCUUCUACACAUUAUAGUCAUGGUUUGUUUGUAUAUAAGUCUCUGUAUAUUGAGAUUUACCAAUCACGGCAGAUUUCAUAUGCCUAGGAUGUUUAAUUUUUAUGUUAAGGAUUUACAUGGAAAGCUUAUGCUUUCCAGUGACACAAUUUUAACUUGGCACAGACAUCGACUGUUAGGCUGGUUCUGCUGUAAAGUUUUUUUGUUUUGAUUGAAAGUCCGAUCCCUUUGUCUUGCAUGAUUGCACACACUCCGAAUAAGAGUGUGUUUGUAUGUGUAGAUAUUUUAUACACACCCUUCCAAACACCGCAGUGUAAAGACAUUGCUCAUAUGUAGAUAUACUUGCACACUAUAAAGCUUGGCUGAAGACUGCAGUAGUUUGCAAACAUGCAAGUUAAAGCACUGAGCCUCAAUUCUUAGUAAUACAUUGUCAUUAUUUGCUCAGGCCUAAUCUAUAGUGUGUGGAGGGAAAAUAUACAUAUAUAAUAUUAUAUAUGAUUUAUUUUUAGUAUAAUUUCCUUCAGACCAAAUCCAAUGUCAAAGUGCAACUUAAACAUUGAAUUCACGUGGUCCGGGUUAACACAAACACAGGUGCGCACACAUCUGUAUGGUUUUGGAUAUUCGUAAAAAAGGAGUGUAUGUCUAAUGGAUGCAUGCUGUUCUCUUUUCUUUUUCUUUUUUUUUUAAACUAAUACACACAAGGGCUUUUAAAUGUGGAGUGCAAGUGAUACAAUCUGUAAAGAGGUUCUGCAAAAAUGGGACAGACUUAUUGCCGGAGUUAGGCAAUGUUUACAUUUGCAAUAGUGUUGAAGCCUUCCAGUAAUCUUGCACACCUUUCCUUACCUUAAUAUAGUGACAGAUUUGUUUUAUGUUUCACUGGAGGGACACCGUCUCUCCCCAGUCCAGUUUAACUGACCAAUGUAAAUAAUGGACUUUGUUCUACAUUAUUGUUAACAUAUCUUUAUACAUUUCCCAGUUGUUUUAUGUUAACUUUUUUUAAAGCUGGGGAGAAGGCUUUCAACCCCCCUCCAUUACAAAAGCUAAGAAUAGAGUGCUCACAACACCCCUUCGUAACAGAGCCAAAAUGGCCACCGUGGAGACCUCGUUUGGAGUGACGGUGAUCACACCCAGCCUGUGCUCCUUGCUGUGAGGAACAACAGUCUGGCCUGGUUGGUGGGCCUCAGUGAUGCCCAAUCUGUGGUGACACAAGUGAAGGGAUGCUGUACUGUUGCAGUGAUGUUCAUGACUGGUUUUCAGGAGGUGUUGCUAUAGCAUGCAGUGCCUCCCUAUUGUCCCUACCCAGCCCAUCUCAUAUUUUGACUAAUGUAGCAAGAAUACAUUACAGGUCAUUUCCAGAGGCUGCUGAAGCUCAAUAUCAAAGGCUAAUAUAUAUAAUGUGUAAAGCCUACCAGUUGUAUGACUUUAUUUUUAUCCUCAAAUCUGCAAAAUAGUUUUCCUUUUUUUUUUUUUUUAAGAACUAGGCCUAGCAGAUUGAAGUUUUUGCACCAGUUUUUCACUAUUAUGAUUACAAUAUCAUUUCAAUGUUUUGUAUUUGUGCAUAUUUUUUGUUUCUUAUAUAUAUAAAUAACAUAAAAUGACUGGGAGAAUAUAAGAGUGAUAUUGAGCAAAGUGUGAACUAAUAAAUAAAUGGUCUUUAACUUACACAGUAAA